AUGGAUUUGGACGAAGCAGAUAUAUUAGAAAUUCCAUCAUGGUCAAGAAAAGGUCAUCCAGUUGCCCGUUGGAUCGACUAUAUACCAAAAUCUUAUACCGGUGAAGUCCGUGAUAUCACGGAUAAUGGAUUUUGGACGCUGUCUAGCUUUAUAGAAGGCUAUGGCAUUCAUCAGCUGCUGGAUGAAGAUACUGACCAGUACUGGCAGUCGGAUGGCCCGCAACCUCACGUGAUCACCGUUGAAUUCCCAAAAAAAGAAGACAUUCUCUUCGUGCUUUUAUACUUGGACUAUAAAACGGAUGAAUCGUAUACUCCGAGCAAGGUUGUCGUGCACCUUGGUCCAUCGGCUAUCGAUCUCGAUGAAGGUGCUACUUUCAUGUUUUCUGAGCCAGUCGGUUGGCAAGUAAUUGAUUUGCGAAAACCAACUGGGCAGCCAUCUCGAGCGUUUGUUUUACAGUUGCAAAUUGUGCAGAAUCACCAAAAUGGUCGAGACACUCACAUA